AUGGAGGAGUGGGCUUUCCUGGAUCCCACCCAGAAGAAACUCUACACAGAUGUGAUGCUGGAAACCUUCUGGAACCUGGCAUCAGUAGAAGAAAAAUGUGAAGGCUUUGACAGUGAAGAUCAGUAUGAAAAUCACGGGAUGAAUCUUAGCAGUCAUAUAGUAGCGAGAUUCUCUACAAAGAAGGAUGAUGGUCAACGCAGAGAAAACUUCAGCCAGAUUCCAAAUCAUAAUGAAAAGAAGAAAACUGCUACUGAAAUAAAACAACCUAAUUCCAGGUUGUGUAGGCAAAUCUUCAUGCGCUAUUUGUCCUUGAAUAAUCACCUGAGCUCUCACAUUGGACCCAACCUAUACCUGUGUCAGGAAUAUGAAGAAAACCCUAAUAAAUGUAAGAAACCUGGGAAAGCUUUUAAGCAUCAUCAACAUAUUCAAAGACAUGAAGGUAGCCCCAGUGAGAAAGCUUUCCACUAUUCAACCUCCCUUGGAAAUCUCGAAAGAACACAUGUUGCUGGAAAACCAUAUGAGUGUGAGCAAUGUGGAAAAAGCUUUAAUCGUCUCAUUUACUUUAAACUUCACAAAAAUGCUCAUAGGGGAGAGAAACCAUAUCAAAGUAAACAAUGUGGCAAAACUUUCAGGUCUCCCAAGUACUCUGGAAAAAAUGAAAGAACACAGACUGCAGAAAAUCCCUAUCAAUGUCAGAAAUCUGGAAAAGUUUUCAGUUCCACUUCUUUUAGAAAUCAUGAAAGAGCACAUACUGGAGAGAAACAUUAUGAAUGUGGGAAUGCCUUGAGUUGGCUCAGCUCUCUUGGAAAACAUAAAAGAAGUCAUGCUAAAAAGAAGCUUCAUGAAUGUAAGGAAUGUGGCAAAACAUUCCGUCGUCGCUAUGCCCUUGUAAUUCAUCAAAGAAUGCAUACUGGGGAAAAACCCUAUGAAUGUAAGCUUUGUGGUAAAGUUUUCUCUUAUUCAACUUCUCUCCAAAAUCAUAAAAGAACUCAUACUGGGGAAAAACCCUAUGGUUGUAAGCAAUGUGGAAAAGCCUUCAGUUGUCCAAAGUCUUAUCGAGAGCAUCAACGGACACAAUGUGGAGAAAAGCCCUAUGAAUGUAAGCAAUGUGGGAAAGCUUUCAUAUUUUCCUCUUCUCUUCGAAAUCAUGAAAGAAUGCACACUGAGGAGAAACCCUAUAAAUGUAAGCAGUGUGGGAAAAUCUUCAGUCUGUACAGUUCUCUUGGAUACCAUAAAAGAAUUCAUGAUGGAAAGAAGCCUCAUGAAUGCAAGGAAUGUGGUAAAACAUUCCAUCAUCCUUGUUCCCUUAGAAAUCAUGAAAGAACUCAUACUGGCGAACAACCCUAUAAAUGUAUACAUUGUGGCAAAGCUUUCUAUUUUCUGUCUGCCCUCCAACGUCAUGAAAGAACUCAUACUCGGGUAAAUCGCUAUGAAUGUAAGCAUUGUGGUAAAGGAUUCUAUUAUCAGUCUUCUCUCCAAGAUCAUGAAAGAACUCAUACUGGGGAUAAGCCUUAUAAAUGUAAGGUUUGUGGUAAAGGUUUCUCUUAUUCAACUUCUCUUCAGUAUCAUGAAAGAAUGCACACUGGGGAAAAACCCUAUCAAUGUAAGGAAUGUGGGAAAGCCUUCAUUUCUCCCAGCUCUCUUGGAAAACAUAAAAGAAGCCAUGAUGGAAAGAAGCCUCAUGAAUGUAAGGAAUGUGGUAAAACAUUCUAUGACCGAUAUUUCCUCCGAUUUCAUGAAAGUAUUCAUACUGGGGAAAAACGUUAUGAAUGUAAGCAUUGUGGUAAAGCUUUCUCUUAUCCAUCUUCCCUCCGAAGUCAUAAAAGGACUCAUGAUAAGGAAAAACUCUAUGAAUGUAAACAAUGUGGGAAAGCUUUCUUUGCCCUAAAUGCCCUCCAACGUCAUGAAAGAAUUCAUACUGGAGAAAAACCCAAUAAAUGUAAGCAUUGUGGCAAAAGUUUCUGUCAUUUAACUUCCCUCCAACAUCAUGAAAGAACUCAUUCUGGGGAAAAACCAUAUAAAUGUCAACAAUGUGGUAAGACUUUUAUUUUUUCCAAAGCUCUUAGAAAUCAUGAAAAAAUACAUAAUGUGGAGAAAUCCUAUGAAUGUAAGCAAUGUGGGAAAGCUUUCAGAUGUUCCAAAUAUCUUAGAAAUCAUAAAAAAAUGCAUACUAUCGAGAAACCCUAUGAAUGUAAGCAAUGUGGGAAAGCUUUCAAAUAUUCCAGAUAUCUUCGAAACCAUGAAAGAACACAUACUGGGGAGAAAUCCUAUGAAUGUAAGCAAUGUGGGAAAUUUUUCAGUCAUCCAAGUUCUCUUGUAACACAUGAAAGAAAUCAUGAUGGAAAGAAGCCUCAUGAAUGUAAGGAAUGUGGUAAAACUUUUCUUUAUCCCUCUUUCCUUACAAUUCAUGAAAGAAUGCAUACUGGGGAAAGACCCUAUAAAUGUAACCACUGUGGUAAAGCUUUCUCUUAUCCAACUUCCCUCCAAUGUCAUGAAAGAACUCAUAAUAAGGAAAAACCCCAUGAAUGUGAGCAAUGUGGAAAAGCCUUCAGUUCUCUCAGUUCUCUUGUGAAACAUAAAAGAGGUCAUGAUGGAAAGAACCCUUAUGAAUGUAAGGAAUAUGGUAAAACAUUCCAUGAUUUAUAUCACUUCCAACUUCACGACAGUAUUCAUACUGGUGAAAACCUUAAGCAAUGUAGUAAAGCAUUUAUUCACCCCAGUUUCCUUGUGGAGAGAAAUCAUAAUGAAUGA